GUGUGUGUGUGUGUGUGUGAACAUGAACACAGACACACAUGAUGUUUCUGGCAAUAAAACCACUUGAAUUCAGUGCUACUCUGUGGAACCUCGAGAGAUGAAUCUUCAUUUCUGCCUCUGACCACUGAGACUGCAGCAGCCGACUUCAGCCCAGUCAUAGCGAUUCAACAUCUGCAGGAAACGGUAUAAAAUCCUUCCUAAUCCAUCCACCCAUCCAUCCAUCCAUCCAUCCAUCCAUCCAUCCAUCCAUCCAUCCAUCCAUCCAUCAUCUGUACCGCUUCGUCCAUUACGGGUUGCGGGGAAACUGGAGCCUAAACCAGCAUUUAGCAGCUGUAUAAUGUGUCCAAACGCUACUCUGCUCGAUAGUGUUGUGAAAUCUUCCAAGAUUGAUCAGGCAACAAAGGUGAAUGUGGACGCCAUCAUGGACAAUAUCAGCAUCAUCCUCUACACGCUGACUGUGGUGUUCGGCAUCACUGGGAACUUUGCGGUGGUCUGGGUGGCUGGAUUCAGACUUAAGCCGAAGGUCACCAACGUGUGGCUGGUGAAUCUAGCAGUAGCGGACCUCAUCUUCUGCUUCACACGAGUCUUCUCCCUCAUUAAGAAGCUAUUUUUCGACUACUGGCCCUUCGGCAUGUUCCUCUGCAAGUUCAACGGCUUCUUCAAAUACGCCAACAUGUUCUGUUCAGUCUUCCUUCUGGCCGUGAUCAGUUUGGACCGAAUGCUCUGUGUUUGGAGGCCCAUUUUCACAAAGCAACGGCGCACCCUGUUUGCUGCUAGGGUGGUAGCAGUCUGCGUCUGGAUCCUGGCGAUCAUCUUUAGCACUCCCUUCUUCAUCUCCCGCCAUGUCUACAAUGGAAAGAACAACAAGAGCAAGUGUAGCACAAUGGAGGUGAAGGAGGCGAAGGACAGUGAUGUCACCAAAUAUGCUCUCUACUUAAUUCGCUUUGUGUGUGGCUUCCUGUUUCCUUUCAUGGUCAUUCUCAUCUGUUACAUCCUGGCUGGUAUUGGCAUCCGACGGACCCGUCUAUCUGGGAAGUCCCGCCCCCUUCGUAUAUUAGCAUCCCUGGUCAUCGCGUUCUUCCUUUGCUGGGCUCCGUACCACUGCCUGCUACUUGUAAAAAUGGUGGACAGUAAGAAUGCCGUGUUGAAAAUUUGGCAACCUUUGGCGAGCGGUGUUGCCUACUUUAACAGCUGCGUAAACCCAUUGUUGUACUUCUGCAUUGGGCUGGAUGUGAGAGGCCAGUUCAGGCAGAGUCUGAUGGGUAUUUACAAGAGAGCUCUGGCCGAUGACAUUGAAGGACAGACGACUCAGUCCAAUGAACGAUCUCUGGAUGAGAGCAGUUCUGUCAUGGUGGCUGGACCGAGUCAGAUACCAGUAGUAGUAGCUGAAGUGUAAGUGUCUUAAGAUUUCAAACCCUAGCGGGAUGUUCAGACCAACAUUUUUAAUUUUAGAGUGAAACAGAAUGAGUGGCUUACAGUAAUGGAAAUGAUCAAAAGAAAAAUGAGGGCAAAAACUAAAAAUAUAUUUCUUUGAUGAAAGUUUUUGCAUCCACACAUGACAUCAAGUUACAGAGCUGCUGCUUCAUUCAUGAAGGUCACUUGUAUGUUUAAGUGCAUAAGACAACCAGAUUUGCAGGAAUAAAAACAGAAAAAGGAGCAUUGAAUUAAUGUAAAACAUGAAGACCUAGAGAAUAUAUAUAUACAUAUGUAUCUUUUUUUUUUCUCUGCUGGUGUAGAAAGUGUUGCUUAAAGGGUCCAGGGAAGGGUUUUCUAUGUUUUUUGUUGUGUAAAAAAGAAAAAAAAAAUAUAUACUGUGCUGAAGGAACUUGAUUUAUCCAGUAGUCUCAAACUCUCUACAAGACUUUUUUAUCAUCUUGUCUGACAUAAGACCACAGUUCCUGGAUUCCAUGUAUGAUGAAAUUCUUCAGGUAGUGCUCCCUAGUGACAGCAUACAUGUUAUCCUUCAUGCAAUCAUUUUAAAAGCAGAAGUUUUUGCACUGCAAGAAAACUAUUGCAGGGUGGCUGUUGAGGAACAGAGUAAUUGAGCAGCUAGGCUAUUAAUCUGUCAGAGGACAACAGAGGUUUGGGGACAUUCACCAGGCUGAACAAGCAGGCGUUAGCUGUUAGUCGCCAGGACAACUACGGUGCAAGUGGGUGGUAGCCAAAACCCACAUGGACAGGAUAGUCCAAGCAAGCAGCUAACAGCAGCCAGGGUCAUUCAGACCAGUUUCUGGCUGCUAUAAUCCACUCAGCCCUGUCCAGCUGCUCAGCUGAGGAAGCAAACCUCUCCUCAAUUCAUGCAAUUUGGAAUUAAGGCCAUUUGGGCAGUGUAAACACUGGGUUAAAACAUAAAAGGGUUGAACUUUGUAUUGGAUUGCUCCUGAUUCUUGUCAACCUGCUGUCAGUGACUCACCAGUAUGACAGGAAGAACCUGCAGACCACAGAAACCGAGAGGGGCCAUGCUUGAAACCCUUACAAAACAAGCUUACUAAAACAAAACAGUUUUAUUCAGAUAUCACUUUGAUUAUUUUAAAAACUAUGAUAAACAAGAAAUUCUUUCUUUCAGGUUCAGGAAGUGACCAGAAUGAGACAUGCAUGACUUCACCUACUGUUAAAGAUUCUGACUUGAGAAAACAAAGCUUCUUAUCUUGUGAUAACUGGUUCCAGCAGUAUUUAUCUUGCAAAAACUAAAAGCAGAUUUCUUGAGAUAAAGUUAUAAAAUGAAACUGAGCUUUGUGAUGUUGAGAUAACUGAAUCAAAAAUAGAUAACUGUAUGUAUGCCUGAGCUUGGCUCCCUUAUGAGAUCAUUAUGAUAAUAAUCAGUAAUUCCAGACAUUGCUGUACAUGCACCUGCAAAUCAUAGGAUGCAUCUUGAACUUUUCAGCAUGCUGGUGUACAUGUGAAUGUUUUAAUGAAUUAAUACCAGUCUUAGUUAAAAAAUAAACCACAGUCCAAAAGUCUAAAAUAUAUUUAAAUAUUUAGAUUUGCACACAAGUUGUUAGUGAACUGACAACCAUCUAUUUUAACUCAUUAUGUUACAUGAAAAAAAGUAAUGUGCUUAGACAUGACAUGCAAAAGAUCACGAUGGCAAAGACCUGAAUCUUCCUGCAAUUUAAACAGAUUUUUCUGAGACUAAAUGUGCAUCGUACUAAUCCACAUUAUGAGAAGGUACAAGCUGUUUAUUUCUAAUAUGAAUUUUUUUUUUUUUUUUACAUCAAAAAAAGUAAAUUUUUAUGUUAGUUAGACUGCUGACCUUUCAGUGAAGACACACAGUGAGUAAAUGUUCUCAUAAAGGGCAUGUUGUGGGAGUAUGAACUGAAGUUAGAUUAAAUUUUUCCUCUAAAAGGUUUUUACAUUGCUCCUAGUGCUUGUGAUUAAAGUGGAACCAUACUGUCUGGAUAAAAAUGAAGGCAGGGGGAAGUGAAACUAUUAAAAGGAAAGCCAGAAAAAACAUCAGCCAUGAUUCUUUCUUGUGCACAGAGGUCAUGCAGUUAGAUGAACUGAAACUAAACAGAAAUAACCAAACACAUGUGCUUGUUUUUUUUAUUUUUGUUUUGUUAUCUAUCAUCAGAAGGGCCCUUACAGGUUUUGGUUGCUGUUUGUAUAACUCUAACCUAAGAACACACCUUGCCAGAAAUGUAUAAAACAAUAAAAUGCAGCCAAGAUUACGGGUCACUGAUCCUUAGCAACCAGCUCAUAAAGCUCAGCUGUACAGUAGUUAAUCUGCAGAGUACUUAUGCAUCACUAGGAAACCAGAGACACUGUUUAUCUUGAACUUUCUGUUCUGGGAGUUUCUAACAUUUCUGUUCUGUCACAGCACCAUGCUUAAGUGUAUAGUGUUGUCUUUGAAGCUUCAGUAAUUAAAUGAAAGGGUCAUAUUUUAUUAGGUCAUAUCAUAUAAGCUUUAUACAUCUCUUUUGUAUGUAAAAUUCUGUAACAUAUCCAAACAUAAUACUACUAUUAUAUAAAACAACUAGAUGAUUGUAAACACAAACUGUCAUGGAAGUAUAAAGACUUUAAAACGGCUUUAUUUAAUAAAGAUGUCAACGCAAAGGUCAGAAGCUGCAAUUAAUUUACAAGUAUUGACUAUUUUAGCUCAAGCUGUUUGUUUUACAUUGUAUUUUGCAAUAACUGGUUAAUAAAUGAUCUCUGAAUUAUAUUUUUGAUAAAUCCAAUGAAAUUUGAAUAGUUACACUUAAAUCCCACCUUGAUGCAGCAAGCAAGCGCAGAGCUUGUAGUCUGCAUCCCUGCAGCUAUGCAAGCUUUUUAAGCAUAACUAGCAUUUGUUAUUAAAAACUACACCAUACAGUAGUCAAUGUGUUUAGAUUGGAGAUUUAAAUUUGAACCUGGUUUAAGAUUACAGAUGUGCAUGGAAUAAUGGAUUGAGUGAAAUGUGUCAUAAACCGACCAAUGGUCCGAUUCUGGGUUGAUAAUCUGGCUAAGGUUUUGCUGCAGAUGCUGCAUAAAGCCAAAGGGAGUUUUCUCUAUGAACAUCAGAGCUGUGCUCCAGCAGUAAAUGCUUGGAUUUAGCGGGAAAAAGUAGUGUAAGUUAAAUGUAAACGCAUGUUUGACAACUAGUUUGAAAUACACCAUCACAUCUAACAACAAGGGAAUCAUUUUAAAUUCAUUCAAUGGAAGGAACAUUGUUUUUUAAACCAGAAAUCUGUUGUGUUAUAUUUACAAACUGAGCAUUAAGUCCGUUUUUAUCUUGAUUUUCAUAGACUCAAUCAACUUAAAGCUAAAAUGGAGACAUCUUUGCAAUAAAACAGUUUUUAUAUUUAAGAAUACUUAAACUAAGAGAAUGUUCUAGGAUAAAAACCGUCACAAUACAACUUAGUUAUACUUCCAGAAAGCUGCUGUAAACAGAUUUAGAAAGAGAGAGAGGGGAGGAGAUGGUGUGUUCUCCUUUAAAACAUGAAAGCACAAAACCACAUUUUUAAAGCAGAAUUAUGCUGUGUUGAUGACUUUAAACAUCAUUAUUUUACUUUAACAAGCACAAUUGUCACUGUCCAGCUGUUUUUAGUUUUGUUGUUGCUAAAUGCAUUAAAACAGAUAUUUAGCU